AUGUGGUGGAGUAUUAUUUGGCCACGAAAAAGAACAAAUGUGGAUGUACUCUACAACACGGUUAACUCUGAAAACAUCACACUAAGUGACAGAAGCCAGAUGGCAAAAAUGUGGCAUUGUACAUGGUGUGACUCUGUCCAGAGGAUGUGUCCAGAAAAUGCAAAUCCACAGAAAAGGAGGUGGAGUGGGGAAAAACUGUUAACAGGGAAGGCAAUAGAACAGGAGCCAAUCAGUGAUGAAGGGGCGGGCUGUGUGAACUGUCCAAUCAGGUGGGCCAAGGUAGGCGGGUUCUUCCGGUUUCGUGGUACCAAACUGCCUGUACUGAACACAAUGCUUGCAUUUCCGCCUUCUGUUGCUUCUGCUAGCUGCAGUCUACCUAGGAAAGACCCUGGGAGUCCCAAAAGCCACGCAAUGGAUGCAAUUAACUUUGAGGAUGUGGCUGUGAAUUUCACCAUGGAGGAGUGGGCUUUGCUGAAUCCAUCCCAAAAGAAGCUCUACAGAGAUGUGAUGGGAGAAACUUUUAGGAACAUAGCUGCUAUAGGAAGAACGUGGAGUAAUCAGGAAGUUGAAGAAUACAGAAAUUACUGGAAAAAUCUAAGCAACGAAGAAGCAGAGAAAUGCUAUCAAUGUAAAGCUUGGAAUCAAUAUGAAAAAACAUUAAUUUGGACUCCAGUUGCUAAUGUGCACAGGAAAGAAGCUGGUUCAACACCAGCUGACAGCCUUGCUUGUAGGGAGCCUCUGAUUGGUCAUUUGUCACAAAGUAUGCCCGUCAUAGCUCCAGCUGCACUGAAGCCAUGUAAAUACUUGGGACCCAAAGACAAUUUGCAUAAAUGUGAUCAACAUAGAAGGAACUUCAGUGAUUUCCAGUCCUUUCAAAGGCAUACAAGGACAAAAGGUGGAGAGAAAUCCUGUGAAUGUGAUCAAUGUGGGAAAAUCUCCUGUGAUCUUAAUGAAAGAACUCAUCUUAGAGAGAAGGCCUUUGUAUGUAAGAAAAAUUUGAAAGCUUCCAGCACAGACAGUGAUAUUCAGAUCCAUGAGAAAAAUGACAGUGGGGGGAAAUCCUUUGUAUGUAAGCAAUGUGGAAAAGCUUUCAGCACAAGUGGUAAUUGUCAAACACAUGAAAAAGUUCAUACUGGGGAGAAACCCUAUGUAUGUAAGCAAUGUGGGAAAGCUUUCAGCACAUAUGCAUAUGAAGAGUCCAUUCAAUCUUAUAGGAAAACAGGAACAGCACUGAAAAGAAAGCGGUAA